AUGGUUAAAUGGAAUCAAAAUAAUAAUAAUUGUAGCAUUCUCAAUGUGGACGGAAGCUGCCUCGGAACACCAAUCCGUGCGGGGUUCGGAUGUAUCUUUCCAAACAAUGGUGGAGCCUACCUCGCUGGUUUCUCUGGCUUCAUUCCGGAUUCGACAGACAUCCUGCUAGCUGAACUCACUGCUCUUCAUCAAGGCUUACUCAUGGCGGUUUCAAUGGGAAUAGAGGAAUUAGCUUGCUACUCGGAUUCCCUUCUCUCCAUCAACCUCAUUACAGGAAGAGUUUCAAGCUUUCAUGUGUACGCGGUCAUAAUACAAGACAUCAAAGAUCUCUUAUCUGUGCAUAAUUUUUCAGUUCAUCAUUGUCUCCGUGAGGGAAACCAAUGCGCGGACUAUUUGGCCAAGUUAGGAGCUUCAUCUAAUGAAGAGUGCUUAUUCCACGCCACACCACCUCAUGAGCUUUUGGAUUUGAUUCGCUUUGAUGCCAUAGGAACUCUGUUUCCUAGAGCAUAG